AUGGAUGGAAGGUACAGCCUCAUGUCUAUUACAAAACACGAGACAUCAAAAAUCUUAAAGUUUUCAUGGAUUAUUGUUCUGUGUGCAUCAUUUUUUGGUUUAUGUUUUUAUGUCAAAGGAUGUUACGAGAAGUUAACAACAAAUCCUGAAAUUUUGGUCAAUGAAAAGCACAUUCCAAGUUUUGACAUUCCAUUUCCAGCAAUAACGAUUUGCUCCCCAUUGAAUAUAAAGAUGGAAUAUUCAAAUUUAUCAAUAAUUCGUGAAGAUGUCAAGCAAAAUAAGAUUUUAAGUUCUGAAGCUGAAACAAUGCUAGCUAGAUCAGCUCACGUCUGUCAGACUGAUUUUCUUCAUUUUGAGAAGAUAUCCAGUAAUAAAAGUUACAAUGAGGAUAUAUUAAAUACAUUAAAUGCUCAAUCCUAUCAAAUAAAUGAUGAAUUCGUAAAAUGUGCUGUAGAUGAAAUUCCUCAUAAAUGUGAAAAUGUUUUUAUUCAGUCAAUGACAGAAUAUGGAUAUUGCUAUACGUUUAAUAUGGUUGGAUAUAAUUCAAUGUUUCAAGGUAAUUUAGCAUCAGAAUAUGACAUUUAUAAACGCAAGAAAAUCGCAAAAACAUGGUCAAAAACUACAGACCUAGAAUUUCAUGAUGACGACGAAGAUGCUGAAGAUUUGACUUUUUCAAUCGAUGAAGGAUACUUGAAAGAAAGCUAUGACAUUCAACCAUUAAGAGCAGCAAAGCUACAAAGUCUCAUGUUUGCUUUAAAAAUUAAGAAAAUCGAUGUCCCAAAUAUUUGUGAAUAUCAUCCUUUAACAUAUUUUGUGUACCUUCAUCUCCCAGUCAAUAUUCCAUCUCAUAUGAGUCAUUUUACAGUUGCUCAACUUAAUACAUAUAAAAUUAGUCAAAUAUCGGCUGCGAUGAAAACUCUUGAUGAAUCUAUGAAGGACUUUUCACCUGAAAAGCGACGCUGUUACUUUGAAAAUGAAAGAAAAUUGCAAUUUUUCAAAACUUAUUCGAAAAGAAAAUGUGAAUUUGAAUGCAUGAGAAACUUUACUUUGACACAAUGCGGCUGUGUCAAAUUGUCAUUGCUGAGAACUGAUGAAGAUAAGUUAUGUGAUGCACGAAGCUUAGCAUGUUAUAAAGCAAUUUCAAAAAGCUGGCCAAAUAGCUACUAUAAAAAUCGAAAAAUCAAGAGAGAUGUUAUUGAUUUUCCUUGCUACUGCUUACCUCAAUGCACGCAAAUCAAAUAUGAGAUUGUGAACGAGCAUACACGUGAUAUUAAAUUAUCUGACUUUAAUUCCAGUGAUGAAUUUAUCUAUACGAAGAUGUCGAUUAUCUUUAUUGACUCAGAAAUCAUCGAAACAACAAAUUAUGUUACUUAUAGGGUCCAGAAUUUCAUCUCUGAUAUUGGUGGACUUGCUGGAUUAUUUUUAGGAUUUUCACUUCUGUCGUUGUUUGAAAUAAUUCUUGGAAUAAUGAGUCUAUGCAAAAAAAUGUUGAGAAGAUUGAGACGUAAGAAGAAUGACAGGAUUGGAAGCAUUCAAAAAUUAAGAAUACCUCAAGAAAUACUAAAAAGCAGACCAAGAAUAAGAAUUGUGGAUGAAAAAUCAAUAAAUCAGGAUCAAAAAUUAAAAAAAUCUGAAAUUGAAUUAAAAUAUGAUCGAUACAUAUACAAUAAGUGGUGA